AUGAGAAACAAAGGCAAAGUCCAUCCUUCUCCCAAUUCCACCACCACCGCCGCCACCGCCGCAGACGCUUUUUCUCUCCUCAAUCUCCUCCCCGCCGCCAUUCUCUCUCUCCUCACCAUCCUCUCUCUCCAAGAGCGCGAGGCCCUCGCCUACAUGCUCUCAAUCUCCCUCCAUUCCUCCUCCGCCGCCGCCGCCAAAAAGCCGCCGCAGUGCCCCCACAACUCGCCGCCGCUCCUACACUGCGACUGCUUCCACUGCUACACCGCCUUCUGGCUCCGCUGGGAUUCCUCCCCCAACCGCCUCCUCAUCCACCGCGCCAUCGACGCUUUCGAGCUCCAACUCACCUCCGCCGCCGCCCCCAAAACCAAGAAGCGCAGAGACAAAUUCAGCCGCCGGAGCAAACCCUCAUCGCCGGAAAAUCAAGAACUCCGCAUCUCCGCCGCCGCUCCGCCGCCACCACCGGCGGCGGAGGUUGAAGUCGGUGAAUUGAGCAUCCCGGGAGUGAGUGUGGAGAAAACGGAGGUGGCGGCGGCGGCGCCGUCGCAUAAAGGGCUGGCGAGGAAAGUGUUGCCGGACGUCAUGGGGAUAUUCAGCUCGCGUUUAUGGAGGCUUUGGAGUCCGAAUGUGUGA